AUGGAACAAAUCUCUGUGAAGUUGAGCUAUGCGGGGGCACAUCGCCGGUUCAAAAUUAAGGGAAAUGACUACGACGGCCUAUUUGCCAAUCUGAUGACUCAUCUGUCUCAACUCGCCGAUGAAGGAGAGCCCGAUUUUGAUAUUGCCUGGCAAGAUGAAGAUGGUGACAAUAUCAUCAUCUCUCGCCCUGCUGAACUUGGGGAAGCCAUUGAAUCGCGAAAAGAUGAUCUGCUUAGACUUCACACUAUUAAGAAAAGCGAGGAGCACGGAAAUAAUGGGAGCGAAAAAGUGAAAAAUGAAAAAGAAGCGGAAAAUCCCUCUCAGCCAGAGGAAAAUACGCAGAAAACUGAGAAUUCUGGCGAGAUUAACGCUAUUCACGGAAAUGUGCUCUGCGAUGUAUGUGAUGCUCCUGUGAUUGGUAUCCGUUACAAGUGCAUUCUUUGCAGUGACUAUGAUUUGUGCCAGAAUUGUGAAAGAACAGGUGCUUCAUUACUUUAUUGUCACAUUAUUUAUUUGUCCCAUCUCCUUUCACGGGACGUAUCUAACUCAGAAUGCCAAGAAACUGUAUAGAU